AGUUCUUGUCAACCACCAUGUCUGGGAACAAAUAUCUCAUGUUUAAUCUAGCGGCAGUUGCAACAGCGGCCCCCUUUCUUGCCAAGCAUCAGUCUGUGGGUGGUAAAGUGUCUAUAACCAUUGCUACUAUCAACGAUGUCUAUUCAAUGUAUGCCCGUCCAAUGUCUGGGAAUGGUUAUUACUUUGAGGGUACUCCUUCUGAGCAGUUUUAUUCGAUCUGUGAGAAGGAUGCUGACACUUGUUAUGGUACGGCUGGUGCGAUGGGCAUGCCCGAAGCUUCUGUUGAUAAACUGUAUAAUAUCGAUCUAUCAGCCACCGGUGGUAAGGUGAUGACCAAGGAGGACAGUGGUUGUGUGGAUCCUUCUAAGUUCGAUGACAUGGUUCGUGAUCCUUCAUCUGCAUGGGGUAAUACGGCCCAAAUGGCAGGCACCUAUAAGUACCUUGGUCUGACUGCCGAUACUGAUGAGUAUAUCAGCAUGCUCCCCGGCGAUUUCGUUGCUAUGUCUUACCUCUCCUCCAUCACGUAUGGUCAGCAUAUGGUGGAUAUGAUGAACGCUGGUGAGGUUGACUUGGUGGCAUUUGGGAAUCAUGAAUUCCAGUUCAAGAAUAAGUGCCCUCCUGCAGACCUCGGUAACCAUCCCGAGUAUAACGAUGUGUGUGUUGCAUGGAAUAUGGCCACUGGCAACUUCCUCUACCUCAGCAAUAACGUCUUUGAGGAUGCUAAGAAGACCAAGCUAUUCGGUUCUACUCUGAAGGUCCCUGAUGAGAUCUCAUUUGUCAAUGCCACCGUGCCAAAGAACAAGAAGGUCUUUAAUGAGGAGACCAGCUACUACGCUCCCUCUGGUGACUACUGGUUCAAGAUGAUCAAGGGCAAGAAGGUUUGCUUCACUGGCACCACUGAGACUUCGGCCGCUAGUGAUAUUGCGGGGAAGAGUAACGUGUGGUUUUCCGAUAUGAUGGACUACGCCAUCGACCUCAAUGGAGAAUCCACAUCCUUCGCUUGUCCCCCUGGCCCCGACUUCUUCGACUAUUUGAAUAAGCAGUUGCCCUGGACUGAUUGUGGAUAUGUCGACGGCGGCUCUACCACCACUCCCAGUCCGGUCACCACCACCACAUCAGCUCCUAGUACCCCCAGCAGUACGACAGGAUCUCCUCGUCCUCAUUACUCUGAAGAAUCUAUCAAGAAUGCCGAUGAAUUCUGCCAGAGUAAAUUUGCCGGUUCUUACUGCAAGUAUUGGCAAACUCCUGAGGGUCAAGUUUGUCACGGAACUGAAUUAUCGUGCAGUAGCUUGUUGGUUGAGGGGCGGAGAUUGGCAUCGGUUGCUGAUGACGACUCUUCGACUUGUUGGGCUCAUCUCGGCUCUACUAUUCUCGAGAGGUCUGUUCAUGUCUGGACUGAUGAAGCUGUUACUCCUAAGGAUGCUGAGGUUAUUGAUACAUCCACUCCGAUGGCCGAAGGAUCAGUUGGUGCUGCUCUGCUCCUCCCUAAACCAUGGUAUGUUGGUGGUGAACAUCCUGAGGAUCUAGAGGUCUAUGGUAUUAGCGAUCCCGAUGUUGAGUCUAUGGAGUUGGCUAAUCUUCCGGUUCGUCGUUGGUUAGAGAAGGCAUCUGGUGCUAGCAAGGAUGACCUUGUGCUGACAUCUCCCGUUGAGAGUCCUAAGAAGACUGUUGGCCAGUUCUACGGCAUGAAGGUUGAUCCCCGUACCAUUCUCGCUCUACAUCAGUAGAGUUUCACGUUAUUGUUCGAGUAAGUCGAGUGAUAUGUAAUGUUGUAAUGGCUUUCUACUGUAAUUUUGUCAGCGAUAAGAAUCGAUGUGUUGUGUACUUGAUGUUGUACCGUACAAUUUCGCGGUUGGUGUAUCUGUUGUAUGUUAUGGAGUUUCUUGGAACUCGGAAAGCUUAUCAUUUCUCUUGCUAUUGUUGUUCUUGUGCCAUAUCUUAUCUCGGUUUUUUAAUGCGAAGGGCGCUAUAUCAGCUCGUUUUCACGUUCAA